AUGUCCGAACCACAACAAGAAACCAAACCAGACAUCAAGGCCGAAACUCACAUCAAUUUGAAGGUUUCUGAUGGGUCCUCAGAGAUUUUUUUCAAGAUCAAGAGAACCACCCCUUUGAGACGUCUGAUGGAGGCGUUCGCCAAGAGACAGGGUAAAGAAAUGGACUCGCUGCGGUUCUUGUACGACGGUGUGAGAAUCCAAGCGGACCAGACGCCUGAGGAAUUGGAUAUGGAAGACAACGACAUUAUUGAAGCGCACAGAGAACAAAUUGGUGGAGGUGCUUGUCAAUGA